AUGAUACAGAUGAAAGGAACAAGAUUACUCAUUUUGAGCCAACAAUUACCAAACUUUUUCGAAUUUGGAUGCAAUGUCGUCAAGUAUUUAAGAUCAAGAUACACCUCUGAGAUUAUCAAGGCUGACUUUGCUCAAUUUGUCCAAAAGGCCAAGCAACCAGCUGCCAUCACCACCUCUGAUGCCAAGCGUGUCGGUGUCACUGCCCUCACCAUGACUGGUAUCUUCUUUGCCGGUGAAGUCUUUGGAAAGAACUCGAUCGCUGGUUACUGGCCAGGUUAUGAUAUUGAUGUCAAGAAGAUCUAA